CGCAUUGACUUAAAUCUUUCAUGCAAACGUCCAAGAAAUUUGCAUCCUUAUCUUAUCUCCAUUGUGCAUCCCAUAAAAUAAAAUCAUCCCAAAUACACAUGACAAUCUCAACCUACCUUUGCUUUAUAACUUCACUUCUAAUCCAACCCUUUUUCUCCAAAACACUAUCUCCAUUCCAGAGAUGGAUGAUCUGAAGCCACGCCCUGCGAAUUCAUCCCCUCUCACUCCACUUGAUUUCUUAGAAAGAGCAGCCACUGUUUACGGUGAUUGCCCCUCUAUCAUUUACAACAACACCACCUACACGUGGUCGCAAACCCGCCGUCGAUGUCUCCAGGUAGCUUCUUCUCUCUCAUCCUACGGUGUCUAUCCAGGCCACGUCGUCUCUGUUGUGGCCGCCAAUAUUCCUUCCAUGUACGAGGUCCACUUUGCCGUACCCUUUACCGGCGCCAUCCUCAAUAACGUCAACACACGCCUGGAUGCGCGCACUGUCGCUAUACUCCUGCAGCACAGCGAAUCGAAGCUCGUUUUGGUGGAUCAUCAGUUCAGUUCUCUUGUUCUUGAAGCCAUCUCUUUGUUCCCGUGUAAUACGAAUCCUCCUCGCUUGAUCCUCAUCACAGAUGAUGAUGAUGAUAGCUCAUCAGCCCCAGUUGAUUCUAAUUUUUGUUGCACUUAUGAGAACCUGGUAGAGAAAGGUGACCCGAAUUUCAAGUGGAUCAGGCCUCGGAGUGAGUGGGAUCCGAUGAUAAUAAAUUAUACAUCAGGGACAACAUCGGCUCCGAAAGGUGUAGUUCAUUGUCACCGUGGGAUCUUCACGAUCACCGUUGGAUCUUUGAUUGAUUGGUCCGUACCCAAAGAAGCUGUUUAUUUAUGGACCCUACCUAUGUUUCACGCCAACGGAUGGAGUUACCCGUGGGGCAUAGCCGCUGUUGGCGGGACCAAUAUCUGCCUUAGAAAAUUCGACGCUUCUAUAAUCUACGGUUUGAUUAAACGACACGGUGUCACUCACAUGUGUGGUGCCCCUGUCGUGCUCAACAUGCUUUCAAAUAUCCCUAAUAAAGAGCCCCUUAAAACCCCGGUUCACAUCCUUACCGCUGGGGCCCCACCGCCUGCAGCGAUUCUCUCGAGGACUGAGUCACUGGGUUUUAUAGUGAGUCACGGAUAUGGGUUAACUGAAACAGCGGGCCUAGUGGUGUCAUGCGCUUGGAAACAAAAAUGGAACGUGUUGCCGGCGACAGAGAGGGCGAGGUUAAAAUCGAGACAAGGAGUAAAAAUCGUGGGUUUUACUGAGAUUGAUGUGGUGAAUGGUGCGUCUGGAGAGAGUGUGAAACGCGACGGUUCAACGCUCGGUGAAAUUGUUUUGAGAGGAGGGUGUGUUAUGCUGGGUUAUCUCAAAGAUCCAGAGGGCAGCCGCAAGUGUAUGGGCGAUGAUGGAUGGUUUUACACCGGUGAUGUUGGCGUGAUGCAUCCUGAUGGCUAUAUAGAGAUUAAAGAUCGAUCAAAGGAUGUUAUAAUCAGCGGUGGAGAGAAUUUGAGCAGCGUGGAGGUCGAGUCGGUGUUGUACAUGCACCCAGCGGUGAAUGAGGCGUCAGUUGUAGCGAGACCUGAUGAGUUUUGGGGUGAGACACCGUGCGCCUUUGUAAGCUUGAAGGCUGAGUUGAAGAAAAGGCCAGGUGAGGAGGAGAUAAUGGAAUUCUGCCGGGCGAGGUUGCCGCACUUUAUGGUGCCGAAAACGGUGGUGUUUAAGGAUGAAUUGCCUAAAACUUCAACUGGGAAAAUUAAGAAGUUUAUGCUGAGAGAUAUGGCGAAGGCACUGGGGUCCUCGAGAGUGAGUCGAAUGUGAUUAAAAAGUAGAUUGGAUUUAGCUAUGUUUGUACGCAACUUUAACCGAUCGCUUUCGCUAUUGAAGGGAAUUUACAUUCUUAUCUCUUGUAUUUAUAUAAACGAAUAAUUUUAAAUAUACAGUAAAUUAUUUAUUUUAUUAA